AUGGUUGAGCGAUGCAUGUUAACGAUUACAGUUUUUCAAUUUGCAAUCAUUGGCUGUUGUGCUGUGAGCGGAAUAAUCUGGUCAAAACAAAGGCAGGAAUUUGUGCAGUUGUCUAGUAUUCCGCAAUUUACUGCUCUUCAAAAAGAAAAUUUAGCCAAACGUCGAGCGAUAAAAAUACGUGAUAUGAAAAACGAAAUAGUAAGAGCUGUAUAUUAUGAGGAAAAAAACAUGAUAAUGUUUUAUGAUAAUGACACGAAAGUUGAUGGUAUUUGCGGCAAUUUAUGGUAUCUUCUUGCAGAUUACCUCAAUUUUACAUUUAUUCCAAUGAAAACGACUAAUCGAGAUUUUGGCGAGAAGCUAAACAACGGCAGUUAUACCGGCGUAAUAGGUAUGGUAACACGAAAUGAAGCACAGGCAAUCAUGAGAAGUGGGUACUUCAUAAGUAGCAUGGAUGCCUUGGAUUACACAAUGGUUCUUUGGAAAAGCCAAUUUCACAUUUAUAUUCAUCCGGAUUGGCAAUUUGAUAAUACAUGGGUAUUUACGUUAUUUUGUCCAAAAACAUGGUAUUCUAUAGUAUUCUUAUUUAUUAUCCUAAGUUUUGUCGGUUAUUUUCUGCAAAAAAUACCGAUGGAUUAUAAACUCAAAAAAGAAAUUUCCGUAAAUUUCAAUCUAAGUGAUCAUUUUUUUCAUUCUUACGCUAUGAUGUGUGGACAAGGAUAUAUACCUGAUGCUUUUUACAACAAGUUUAAAAUUUUGUCAAUAUCAAAAAGUAUAUUCGCAUGGCUGGUAUUGUUAGCUUUUAGUUCUCAUCUCAUAUAUCGUAUGACGAUUAAAGAAACGAUGCUACCAUUUAACGAUUUAGAUACUCUUUUUUCCAAUACAAAAAGAAUCCUGUUAGCAUUUCGUGGCUCCAACAUCUACUAUUAUCUUCACAAUAAAUAUGCAAAUAACACGAAUGGUAAAAAUCUACUUAAUCGUAUUCAAUUCAUAAGUAUCGCACAAGAUAUGCAUAACAAAAUUUGCGAUAAUAUGAAGAAAUAUGCAAUGUACGAGAUUGAUGAUCGAUUUGGGGCACUAAAUAGAAACGGCUGUCCGCUCUUAGCCGUUGGUAAUUACAACGAAACUUAUAUAUCAUUUGGAUUUCAGAAAAAUUAUCCCUACAAGAAAACUAUAGAUUAUGCACUCAUCAAAUUUAACGAAGUUGGACUGAUGGAUGCUCUUAAAGAUCGUUGGAUGAAUAUAAAAAUGGAGGAAUAUAAGAAUAUAGAAGAAAUACAGUUCAAGAUGAUCGACUUGCAUCAAGUCUAUCUAAUUUUUCUGAUACUAUGUUGGGGAACGCUUGUAUCAUUUGUGAUACUUGUUUUAGAAAACAUAAUAUACUAUUACGAAAAAAGAAAACGUUCUAUAUAG